AUGGCUUCGUCAUCAUUUACAACAUCUUCUUCUUCUUCCUAUAAUGAAAUGAACAUCGAUGAAUUCUACACGAUUUAUCAUGGUGAAUGUCAAGGAAAUGUGGAGCAGGCACAAGAACGAAUUUUCGAAUUUUUCGGCCUGGCAUCUACGGAGAAAAAUACCAAUUUCAUUCAGGCGAAAAUUAAAUAUUUCACCACGAAGAAAAAGGACAAAUUCGAUGACUGGAGAAAAAUCCACUCUCUCGCUCACCACAAAGAAAAAUUUCUAGGUCCAGCUAUUUUAAAGGGAGAAUUUCCGGUUAAUGAACCUGUCCCCAGUGAUAAACCGAAACCACCAAAACGGCCUACUCAGGACUUUACUCAAGUGGGAACACGUCAGAAGCGUCGAAAACUAGCAGAUCUAAACACGGAACUCGAUGAGUUUGCCAGGGAUAACAGCAUUGAAGUUAAUCAAGUGAUCGGCUACUUGUUGCAUCAACGGAACUAUCUAACCAACAAGCAUCUUGCUAAACUAGGAGAUGAAUUAUUCAAAACAGGAACCAUAUCCGAAGACGCUCGUACGAAUCUAGAUGUUGAUCAUGCUUUGGCAUUGAAAAUUCACAUAAAUAUGAGCAGAAACGACGUGGAUUUUAUUAAAAGUUGUCUGAACGAAGGCAUUCAUAUUCCCAACCGGAACCUUAUCCGUGAACAUUCUCAAACUUUACUUCCAGUUAUUAAAAAAUGCAGAGAAGAAAGAGGACGUAUGGUUGAGAACGUGGGCGACAGUAUUAUUCUAACCGCGAAGAGACUCAUCGACCAGUUACUCAAACAGAAUAUUCCUCUAUCCACUGAUUUAAUUUAUCGGCAGAAGACAGGGCAUGAUGGAGCUGGCGGGCAGGGUUUGUAUAGGUCUAAUCGAAAUCCUAUGACAGAUGCCAAUAUAUCUUCUAAAAUGGUGAUAUCACUUUCUCUUUCCGAUUGUACUACGGGACAAGUCUUCUGGCGAAAUCAAUCUCCUAAUAGUGCAUUUUGGGCAAGGCCUAUGGCUCUCAUUGCGGAGAAAGAAAGUCCCGAUCUAAUCCGUUUCAUUAACGAGGUAUUUGAGCCACAAGAAAAGGUACUCAGAGAAAAUGGACUUGUAUUUGACCACAUCGGGCAAAGCUUUAAAAUAUCGAUCAUCAGCGAAGAUUCGAUGAAGGACUUAAAAGUUCGGAUGGUGGAAUCGGGUCUCGGUGGGGCCAAAUGUUUUAUGUGCUAUACACGGCAAGCAGAUUGGAAAGAUGUAAGGAAGAUUGAAGAGGAUAAUUACUUUGCCAUCACUCGGCCUGCGGAAAGAACAGAACAACUGUAUAAGGAGAUGGUGGAGGAGAAAGGGGAGAUAAUUCGGCGAAGAAACGAUUAUGAAAUAAGGGGUGGUUUGACUACAGAACCGCUAUCGAGCAGUGACCAUCACUUUCUUACCCUUACUCACCAGUACAUAAAUGGAACAGCUUGGUUUCUUCGCAUAUUCUAUCAUAUCGUGGCAGAUAUUCUUGUUUGGACUGUGAGGGGCGCCGAAGGUCAACAAAAAAUAAAAGAGGCGAAACAGGUACUCCUAAGGCACAUCGAGGAUAAAACAGGAUUGAGGUUGGAUCAAGUGGACUGCUCCGGCGGGAACACCGGAACAAGUACAACGGGCGGACAAGGGCGCCGUUUCUUUUCUCAUGAUCUACGAGGUGAAAAUUAUCGAUGUAAUACCCAAGAAGUAUAG